CUAUAUACAUAAAAAAAAUUCCCAGGAGCAGCGUAGAGAGGAGACCUCAAAAUUCAGCAAUGGCAUGUUUGGGUUCAGUCAACCAGUCUGUGGUAGCACUCUCUAAUAAGUUCCACAACACCAACACCCAAAGCCUCCCAACCAAACACCUGUCUUCUUUAUCAUUAUUUAGUGGUUCUUCUCCCUUAUCAACAAAAUCACCCAAAACCUACAAGCCAACUUGCAGAGUCAACACUGGGAUUGUGAGGGCAGAAGCUAUGACAACUGAGAAGCUGGGCAUCAAGAUUGAGAGGAAUCCUCCUGAGUCCAGACUCACUCAACUGGGUGUCAAAUCUUGGCCCAAGUGGGGGUGUGAACCAAGCAAAUUCCCAUGGACGUUCACAACCAAAGAGACAUGUUAUCUGCUGAAGGGCAAAGUGAAGGUAUACCCAGAUGGGGCUAAUGAGUGUGUUGAGAUUGGGGCUGGUGAUUUGGUGGAGUUUCCCAAAGGAAUGAGCUGCACUUGGGAUGUCUCUGUUGCAGUGGACAAGCAUUACAGCUUGGGCUAAUUCACUAGUCUUCUGCAGCCCCUUUGCCUCUCUUCUUAUCAAUAACUGCAUGAAAUGAAGUAUUGGGGUUCUUGAACUAUAUUUUGGGAUACAAUCAAACUCAUGUUUGUCUCUCUGUGUAAUUUGGUUGUGGAAUAAGAUGUUCUAGCCCUUUUCUUGGAUUAAUGCAGAAAAUUUUGGGUUUUUCUCA